AAUUAAGUGUGAGUUGAUGAUGAUGAUGCCUUUGAUUUAUUAGUGGGAGUGAACCUAUAAAUAAAAACCAAGUGUCUAAUUUCACUGCAUUUGAUUUGACAAAAAUAUCAUAAUAAGAAUAAAGCCAUCAUGGAAUAUGAAGACACAUUGCCUUCAUCUCUAUCUCAUACUAGUUAGGAAAACACUAUUCUCAUUAGAAGAAAGCUUAAAAGAUCAAAGAUGGGUCUACAAUUGGAGCCUAUUAAUAGGCCCAUUACAAACCAUUUUGAAGCCCACGAUUAAGUUUUGACCACAGGAAACAAAGAAAGAGUCUGAUGACAGUGACAUGCGUGAAUGAUGAAUGAAUGUCAUACACACCCAUAAUUGUAGUGCGUGCGUGGCAUGGCGAGUUUCACCAAACCAGAAGAUACGGUGUCGUUUUUAUGCACGAGGGUUAAAGGGUAUCAGCAAACUCUUCUCACACUAGCCAUAGAAAAAGAGAAGAAAAUAUCUCAACAAGGGUAUAUUAGUAAAAAAUAUUCAUUCCCUACAUUGAAACAAAAGGAUUACGCCAAUUCGAGUUUUCAACAUCAACCACAAUUUCGCUUUUUCUCUCCUUCCUUCUUCUCUCUCACUUUCUGUUAAAGCUUCCCAACGAAGAAGAAGCGGUGGCUAAAAUUUAACGGUGACGGAGGAGAAAUUUCGUAAUCUAAAUGUGUCUCAUGGCGUUAUCCGACGCGGUUCUCGGGAAUCUCGCGACGAUCUACGUGGCGGUGAUUAUAGCGAUUAAGGCUUACGGAUUGAUUACAGGGAAGAGUUUCAGCGCUGGAUUUGUCGUCGUUGUUUCGAUUACGGCGGUUGGUGUUUUGUUGGCGGUUACGCUGGCUUGGGAUGUGUCUCGUAGAGCAGCGGAGGCGGUGUCGAGGUAUAAUCGUGUUGGUGUUGAGGAGGAUCUUAGUCGUCACCACCGUCAUCAUGAAGACGGUGGUGGUGGUGGUGGUGGUGGGAGUAGUUGUAAAGGAGGGAUUUGCUGGCACGGUGUUGCGGUUAGGUCACCUGCUUCACAAGUUCGAUUUAGGCUUCCGCAGCACAUUCCCUACGGCGCUUUCUGAGUACAUAUACUUUUAAUCUUUUCCCUUUCUGUUUUUUGUUUUGUUCCUUUGGUUAAAAAAAAAAGUUUGCUGGUGAAGUAGGUGAUAACAUGUAUUAGGUAUAGAUCUCGUGUAUCAUAGAUGAUGAGGAAUAAGGUGUUGUUGUUCUUGUUACUCUGAGGUUCUUUUGUUUGUUUGUUUUUUGUAUUGAUAUAUAUAUAUAUAUAUAUUUGUAAAAUUUGAUAGUGAUAUGAUGAUACAUGUUUCUUGUUUCUAAUAUAAUGGAUAUUGAAUCAAGUGUUGUAUUGGUAUUUGCCAUAUGAACUGAAUGAAGCAUAUGAAAACCUUUUGAUCUA